CGAAGUUAAUAAAGUCAGUAAUUCUGAGCAGCAGUGAACGCCACAGCCGCUACCGGGAGUAACAGUGAAGUAGCUCUCCUCUACAGUCAGAAGGGCACAACAACAAAACAUGUGAAGGAGGAAGACGGACUAAUCUGUCUACAGACUGACAGAUGAUGGCCAGCCGACGCGGGUCUCCAAGAGAACCCGCUCAACCAGAACCGUCCACAGAGAAUCAGAGUGCGGGGGAGUCAGUGCGGGAGCUGCCGCGAUGGAUGCGGCUGUACUUCUACGGGAUGCACGGCGUGACUUUGGAUGUCCUGCUGUCAUCCUUGCAUGGGGUUUUGAACCACCGGGACCCUAAGCUGGUGGGAUUUUCCUCUCCGUAUCUCUGCGUGAUGCAUUCACUGACCCACUUCGCUCUGGAGAAGAUCUACUCUCAGAAGAGAUGUUUCCAAGGUCGACCCGUGGCGUUUCAUUUCGUCUUCUAUCCGUCAGUCUACAUCGGACUCCAGAUCCUGAUCGGGAACGUGAAGACCCUGACCGAACAGGUGCGGGUGGUUUCUGGGACGCAGCUGGUGCUGCACUACAUCCUGGCUCUGUACUUCUCUCAGGUGUUUCACAGAGUGAUGUCACAGCUCAAGUACCACCCUUCCUCUUUAUGGACCACACUCAAGGAAGGUCACCGACCCCUCCAGACCCUGCCAGGGCCUGCGCGGUUCCUCUUCUUUGGGAUGCACGGCUUCCUGGAUGAGGUGAUCUUCACCUCUCUGUUCAACUUGGUGGAGAAGUCCGACCGAAGCCUCUGCGGACACACGUCGCUGUGGUCCUUCUUCAUGUAUGGGAGCUGCAGCUUCUUGGUGGAGAAACUCUACCUUUAUCUGCACUUUGGUCGAGGCUGGGGGACGCUGAGGCGGCUCCCCAUCUAUGUCUGCUUCAUCUACACCUGGGAGUUCACCUGGGGCCUGAUCUUGAGGCAGUUUGACGCCUGCUCCUGGGACUACUCCCACUACCCCCACAACUUCAUGGGACUCAUCACCCUCCUCUACCUCCCGGGGUGGAUCUGCUUGAGCCUCUACCAGGACGUGCUCUCCAAGUUGUUGCUCAAAAUAAAGUGGGUCAAAGUGGGUACCUGCUUAAAUGUGGAGAACGGUGAACUUAACGGACAAGCAGAGUCAAAGAAAAAAAAAAUCUAAAGGUUUUUUUCUUACAUUUUGAACACCUUUUUGCUCAAAUGUGGCUCAAAGUCCUACUCCGAUCAUCUUUUAAUCUAUUUUCAAAGCGUUCUCAAUGGUCUUUUAAUUAUGAUUAUGCUGUUUUUAGCCAAAAUCAAAAAAACUGUUGUUUUAUAGGACAUAGUUUCUGCAGAGCAGCAGGAGUUCAUUAGAAAUUUGUCUCUGACCUGUGGGCGGGACUUAAAAAAAGUACACAAAUUUGAGUCUAUGUUCUAUCUAUAAAUUAAACAGUAAAAUCUAGUUCCACAUUUGAAGAUAUCUUACAGCAGCUCCCCUUUAGCCAUGUUUUUAUGGCUGUGUUUUUUUUUGUUUUGUUUUUUGCUGACAAUUGCACAUUUUAAAUUGCAGGAAGAAACAGCUGCCAUUGAGUUUUGGGAGAGGAGAUCCAUCAUAAACAAGACCAGCAAACAAAGGACAAAUGAAAUAUGAGACUACGGAUCUGUUUUUAUUUCACAUUAGUGCUGAGCAACUGUUGUUGUAUCUACAGGUUAAAAUCAGAUAAGCUCAAAAACACAUUUCUGAGACUUUUAGCCUGAAUACAGAUGACAUGAAGGAUUUUCUUUAAUUUAAACCUUUAGCUAUAAGCUUUAAAGCUAAAACUUAGUUUUUUUUUUGCACAUAUCCACUUAAUUAUAUUACUCCUGAAAAAAGUUAUAUAAAAUGUUAAUUAUUAAAGUUUUUAAGAAGGUAAAACAUAAAAAUAUUUAAAAAACGUUGAUUGUUUACCUGAGAUGAUUUUAAUUCUAUUAAUCCACUGCCAUUUUGAUCUUCUGAUCUUCUGAGUGUUUUUUGCCGUCAACUUUUUAUGCUUUUCCAACUUAAAACUUCCGGUUUUUGUAAAUUCCAGCUGCAAACUUGCCAUCUUUUUGACACAAUAGCAGGUUCAAUUGCUGUUUUUAUUAGAUAGAUUUGUGUACUUAUAUCAGCAUGCUUUAACUGACUCAUCUGCAUGAUAAACCUGCACAUUACUAGCACAUCACCCUUGAAACUGCAUGUAAUUCUACCAAAUAUUUCUAAAUUACGUCUUGAGAGUUCUUUUAUUUUUCCUUACGAAUAAACACCACAUUUUUCUGAAGAUUCUUCUUCGUAGACGAUUCAAACCGCAGAGUAACCGAAACGUCAAUGUAGCAAAGACGAGACAGCAUAAAUGGAUAUUUGGAGCCAGGGGAGAUUUUACUGUGAAUAUUUUAUGAACCAAAUAUUACUUUGCUUGAGUGCCUUCAUGUGCAAACAGAGACCCAAUCCUGCACAAACACUUGAACCCUGGGCUGAAAUUCCAUGUGUUGUGUACUUGUGACUUUUAAAAGACACAUUUAAAAUAAUACAAAUAAUUUCAAUAAAGGUGUUUCUUUAUUGGUUUGACCUACACUGCAUACUGUCAAAAAAUGUCUUAAAUCCGUCACAUAGAUUAGGACACUUAAAAAUAUUAUGGAGCUUCUCGAAUGUUUUGUUGUUAAUGCUUGUUUGGGAUUUGCCAGCAACGUUCUACAUUUCCUCCUACUGCCACAUGAAUAACAUGAAUCUGACAAAUACUUUAUGGCCGAAAACUGUACUGAAAUAAUCCUGAACAUUUGUGUUGUGCACUUUAGUUUUUAUGAUUUGAGAAAAAAUGAGUUUUAUUCAGUUUAUGAAAUGCAUGGAAAGCAAAAUAAAUGCUAAAUUAAAUGUUCAUUUUGAGAUUGAAAUAAAAAACAUGUUAAUUAAAAAAA